CCACUGCACCCGGCUGCAUUUUUAUUUUUUAACCUUAAGCGAUUAAGGGUUAAUGUUUGCAUUUUUUAAGGGAUGUACAGAGGAGAAAGAGCCAAAGGAAAAACACUGAUAUGGUGGCAUUCCUGGGUGAUGAGUUUAUGGUGUUUUGUUUCCUGGUCGUCUACAACAUAUAUGUAAUUUUUAAAGUAUUUUUAAGUUAGCAAUAGCAUUAGAUUACUUCAGGGAGGCCUUCUGGCUCUGUGUGUGGUGAAGCAGAGGGAAAGGCUUGUUCCCAGCCACAGCAGUACUUGGGCACUCCGUGGUAAGGUCAGCCCCUUCAUCUCCUUCAGGAACAGCUGUGGGGAGCAGGUCCCGAGAAUGUGAAGGAAGAGGCUGCAGCAGGAGGCCCAGGGCAUGUGUCCUGCGUGGUCAGCCUGGGGACCAGAGUUAAAACCAGAGCCCCUCCUUUAAGAAAGGGAUCAUAGAAGGCUGUGGUUUCAUCCUGUGUUCUCAGAAAAGUGGCACCAGGCUAGAAAGACAUUUCUUUCAGCAGGCAGGCCCAGCCUAUAGGACCCAGGUUCCCGGAGCAAACGUCCCAGGGCUCCGGCAGCCAUAACUACAGCUGCAUAGGCUCUGAUGCUCAGCCACGGAAAAGUGAGCAACCAGGAAUGAAGGAAGUGGUAUCAGUCCCAACCCUGCUGCCCUCGGGUCUCAAGACCAUGGACAAGUGGCUGGACUCCACUGGGCUGUCACUGGUACACAGAGGACGCUGGACUAGAACUGUGAUCCUCCCACCACUGGCUCCACACCAUCUUCGGGCCCCUACCCAGAGCCUCUCCACCAAACUCAGUGUCUUCAAAGUUCAAGUUGAUUGUGAAGCUCAGGCAGGUCGGGAGCAGCUAAUGCAUUCUGGGUGACAUCUUCUUGGGUUUCCCGUCCACUCCAGUGGCUCCCUGGGCUGUGCAGAUGCCCAGCUCCUCCUCCCCUGCCAUCACAUGGGCAUGGUGGCCUGCCUGACACCCUCCCUCCUCCCUCCCCCGUCCACCUCUGCCCACAGGGAGCUGCAGGAGGAGAGCGGUCUGACAGUGGAUGCGCUGCACAAGGUGGGCCAGAUCGUGUUUGAGUUCGUGGGCGAGCCUGAGCUCAUGGAUGUGCAUGUCUUUUGCACAGACAGCGUCCAGGGAACCCCUGUGGAGAGCGACGAAAUGCGCCCACACUGGUUCCAGCUGGACCAGAUCCCCUUCAAGGACAUGUGGCCAGACGACAGCUACUGGUUUCCACUCCUGCUUCAGAAGAAGAAAUUCCAUGGGUACUUCAAGUUCCAGGGUCAAGACACCAUCCUGGACUACACGCUCCGAGAGGUGGACACAGUCUAGCGGGAGCCCGGGGAGCCCCUGGGCAGGAGACUUGGCUGCUGAACAGCUGCAAACUGUUCACCUGGGCGCAGCAAGUGGAUCAGAGUUGGGUUUUGUCUUUAGUGUGAUUGGACGGAAAGGAAAAUAAAGGUCUUCAACCUUUUUUUUUU